AUGGCCACGGCCUUCCGCCAAUCCGGCCACCUGCAGGCCGACCUGGACCCGCUGCAGCUCCAGCCGCGCGCCGCUGUCGCCAGCCUCGCGGCCGACAACUUCAAGCCGCUGCUGGGUCGUCCUCUGGCCGCCGCCGACCUGGCCGGAGUCGUGUCGGUGCCCGCGGCCAACGGCCAGCAGCUCUACGACGAGCUGCACCGCGUCUACUGCGGCAAGACGGGCUUCGAGUUCGAGCACCUGACGUCGGCAGAGGAGAAGCAAUGGCUGGCCAACGCCGCUGAGACGCUGAGCAGCAAGGAGGUGUCGCCCUCGGACCUGCGCAAUGCGUACUCGAGCAUGCUGCGAGCCGACGUGUUCGAGAGCUUCAUGGCCAAGAAGUUCGCGUCGUUCAAGAGAUACUCGGGCGAAGGAGCCGAGUCCAUGCUGCCGGCUGUGGAGACGAUACUACAGGCGUGCACGACGUCGGGCGUGUCGGACGUGGUGAUCGGCAUGCCGCACCGUGGACGCCUGGCACUGCUGGUCGGGUCGCUCGAGUACCCGGCGCACAAGAUCUUCCACAAGGUGCGCGGCUACUCGGAGUUCCCCGACAACUUCCGCGGCAUCGACGAUGUGUCGAGUCACAUUGCCACGACUGUGGACAAGAAGUACGCGGACAAGAAGGUGCACGUGUCCCUAGUGCACAACCCAUCGCACUUGGAGAUCAUCAACGCGGUGGCUGCCGGCAAGGUGCGUGCCAAGAACGACGACGAUGCCAACACGAACGCUAUGGCGCUCUUGCUGCAUGGCGACGCGGCGUUCGCUGGUCAAGGAUGCGUCCCGGAGGCGCUGGCGCUCUCUCAGCUGCCUGACUUCCAGACGGGUGGAUCCGUGCACAUUGUGGUGAACAACCAGGUGGGCUACACGACCACGUACCCGGAUGGACGCGCAACUAGAUACGCCUCCGACGUCGCCAAGAGCAUCGAGGCUCCAGUGCUGCAUGUCAACGGCGAGAGCAUCACCGACGUGAUCCGCGCGUGUCGUCUGGCUGUGACCUACCGCAACCAGUUCCACAAGGACAUUGUCAUCGACCUGAUCACGUUCCGUCGUCACGGACACAACGAGGUGGACGAGCCGCGCUUCACGCAGCCGAAGAUGUACGAGCGUGUGGACCAGGCUGAGCGAUUCCCCAUCAAGUUCGCCCAUGAGCUGGAGAGUGUUGGCCUUGUUUCGCGCACCAGCUUCGAGAAGACUGUCGAGCGCCUGAAUGACCACCUUGAAAGCGAACUCAAGAUCGUCACCGGCGAGCCUGGUUACAAGCCGACGGAGAUCGACGCGUUCAAGGGCAAGUGGUCGACGAUGACGCAGCCGAAGCCUGAAGACCUGUACGUGAACGUCGCGACUGGAGUCGAGAUUGACAACCUCAUCGACGUCGGCCUCGCAUCCGUAGAGCUCCCCGAGCGCAUUCAGCCCCAUGGUCGUCUGCAGCGUACGCACAUCAAGGCACGCCAGAAAAUGUUGCAGGUGAAGGACGGACAAGACCCUUCCGAUCUUCGCGUCGACUGGGCCACUGCUGAAGCCAUGGCGUUCGGAACCUUGAUGCAAGACGGACACUCGGUGCGUCUGGCAGGACAGGACUGCCGCCGAGGCACGUUCAGCCAAAGACACGCUUCAUUCACGGACCAACAGACAGAGGAGCGCUACUUCCCGCUGCAGCACCACUUGCCCAAGAAGUCGGAUACGUUGGGCAAGCUCAGCGUUGUCAACAGCAACCUGUCGGAGCUUGCUGUUAUGGGCUACGAGUACGGCUACUCGGUGGAGAGCCCCGACAACCUGGUGAUCUGGGAGGCACAGUUCGGCGACUUCUUCAACGGCGCGCAGAUCGUGAUCGACCAGUUCUUGUCCAGUGCCGAGUCCAAGUGGAUGCGUCAGUCUGGUUUGAUGCUGUUGUUGCCUCAUGGUAACGACGGAGCUGGUCCUGAUCACUCGAGCGGUCGAGUGGAGCGCUUCUUGCAGCUCGUUGACACGCCAGCACUCACUCCGCGCUCCUCGUUGAAGGAUUCGGAGACAGAGCCCGUGUGGAAGCAGUUCCAGCACGACACCAACAUGAUCGUGGUGAACGUGACCACGCCCGCCAACUUCUUCCAUUUGCUGCGUCGUCAGCAACAGCGCACAUUCCGCAAGCCGGUGAUCAUCAUGGGGCCGAAAAUGCUGCUGCGCCUUGCCGACGCAACGUCGCCGCUGUCCGACAUGGGGCCGGGCACAACCUUCCAGCCGGUGCUUUCGGACCCUACAAUCACGGACGCCUCGCAGGUCAAGAAGGUCUACUUCUGCUCGGGUAAGUUCUACUACGAGCUCGCAAAGGAGCGCCUCGCUCGUUGCAAGAACCCCGAGAGCAUCGCGCUGGUUCGUGUGGAAGAAUUGGCUCCGUUCCCGUUCGAGCAGGUCGCGGACGAGCUGGCCAAGUUCGAGAACGCCAAGAAGUUUGUCUGGGUCCAGGAAGAGCCACUGAACCAGGGUGCUUGGACGUACGCUCAGGCUCACAUCGAGAAGCUUCUGGGUAAGAAGCAGCACCUCGAGUACAUUGGCCGCGAGAGUCUGGCCGCUCCUGCCGUCGGUUUGUCCAAGAACUCGCAGCAGCAGCUAGAAGUGGUGCUGAAUGAAGCGUUUGGACCGCAGAAGUAGGCGCUAGGCUGUGUAAGACGCUGCAAAAGCGCUAGUAGACGUCCAAUGUUCACCAUGAAAGAUAAACAGUCAUACAAUUCCAUCUUCUACAGC